GAGAACACUCGUUGAUGACUCACUUUCACAGAUCCAAGACAGUUUCUAUUUAAGGACUAGCCGCUAGCUCCAUCUUUCACUAUUGAGUUAGGGUCCCCCUACUCCGGCUCCUCCUUUGCGAUGCUCCGCGGUGAAACGCCGUUCCACUGCACGCACUCAGCCGCCACUUCCGCUCUCGCUUCCUGCCGACCAACAUGGCGGAGGAGCCGGAGUCUGUGUUGCAGCUGCCUCCCUCAGCCGUUGCCGGCGGCGAAGGACCCACGGAGGUCUCCCCAGAAACAGCCACUCCGGAUCCCCCUUCUUCUGCUGCAGUUUCCCCAGGGACAGAGGAACCUGCUGGCGACACCAAGAAAAAAAUUGAUAUCCUGCUAAAGGCUGUGGGAGACACUCCCAUUAUGAAAACAAAGAAGUGGGCAGUAGAGCGAACUAGAACCAUACAAGGACUCAUUGACUUCAUCAAAAAGUUCCUUAAACUUGUGGCCUCAGAACAGUUGUUUAUUUAUGUGAAUCAGUCCUUUGCUCCUUCCCCAGACCAAGAAGUUGGUACCCUCUAUGAGUGUUUUGGCAGUGAUGGUAAACUGGUUCUGCAUUACUGCAAAUCUCAGGCUUGGGGAUGAACCACAGAGGAAAACAACUUGCUAUUAAAAUGAAUUUUCACAGAGGAGAAGCUCUGAAAAGUUCUGAUGCUUGUGGCAAGAGACUUAGCAGUUAUGAUCUAUUCAGCAUGUGUCUACCAUGGACUAUGUUCAUGCAUAAGAAAAUAUCCAUAGUGUGGGAUGGAUUUGUAUUAAUACACAAAUCAUCAUAAAAGAUUGCCAUUAGAAUA